AUGGUCCUGAACGAGGGAUAUUCGGGAACCCCUUGGACAUCCGUCAAGCUCCGUCUCUCUUCGACUUGUUUCCGGUAUCUCGGAGGGGUGAUCCUUUCUCCCGAAGCAAUCUCGAAGGAGCCAUUCACGGCGGAGGAGCUCCUCGAGAGACCGGAGAGAUCGACGCAGAGACAGGAGGAAACGAUCUCGCUCGAGGUCACGUUCGAGAACACGUUCAAGAAGUCCGAAUCUCAAGACUCAUCGCGAGAGGCCUUCGUGAUAGAACCGCAAACCGAAGCAGAACGCUCGCGUAUGAUCGAAUCAAUCGACAAAGCCGGAUUCAAGCAGCAGAAUUUUGUUUCGAAGAGGAAUCACCAGCAAAAAACCGUUGAUGAUAAACCAAACCAAGAUGCGCACGUGGCAGCUAUAUUCAGUACGACGACCCUUGAAGAAUUCCUCGCCGAUCAAGCCAAAAAGCCCCCGAAACUAACAAACUUCGAGAGCAACCCGGAGAGCCUCCUGCACGAGAACUUGUAUGAUGACCCUGAGCGGCGGAACGAAAAAUGGCGGAAGAAGCUCCACAGUGAGAGACGGAAAUACCUCAGCACCACAGCGUCAUGAGACUCUCCGGGAAGAAUUUUAUGUCAAUGAGACCAAAUCCGUACCGCGAGCGCUGUCCAAGCCUACGAACUCUGUGUCAGUGUAAUCAGAGUGCCCGGAAUUCCUCAUGAUGAGACUCUGACGGGUUCAGGAACUCUAAGGCAAUCUCUUCGCGUUGUUAUUUAUCAUUUAUACUGAAAGGCCCGGGAGAUGCCGUGCCGAUCGGCCGAAUUGUAGAUAAAUUUUUGACUCCACUGGAGCUGGGAAAUAAAGCAAAUGAU